AUGGUCACAGUUGCUGAUUUCAACAAUGACAACCGAUUGGAUAUUGCAGUAGCGAAUUUCGGCACUAACAAUAUCGGAAUCUUUCAUGGAUUUGGGAACGGUUCUUUCGAAAGUCAAAUACAACUUUCAACAGGUUCAUCUCGUCCAAUAGCAAUUAUUGCUGCUGACUUCAACAAUGAUUCCCUACUUGAUAUUGCCACUGCCAAUCACGGAACUCACAGUGUUAGUAUAUUCUAUGGAUAUGCUCAUGGAAACUUUUCACCUCCAAUUACAUAUACAACAGGUUAUGAUUCUCUUCCAUCCUCAUUAGUUGCUGGAGAUUUCAAUAACGACAACCAUUUAGAUCUCGCUAUUGCUAAUUACGGAAUCAAUAGUGUAGGCAUACUUUUUGGAAACAGCAACAAAACUUUUGAAAAACAAAUCACGUUUUCAACCGGACUUGGUUCUCAUCCAUACUCAAUCGCUCUUGGUCAUUUUAAUGCGGACGAAUUUGUCGAUAUAGCCAUCGCCAAUUCUGGAACUCAUGAAAUACGUGUACUUUUGAACAAUGGUAAUAGAACUUUCGCUAAUCAAGCCAACUAUACUGUUGGUUCUGCUUCUCCAUAUGCGAUUGGCGUCGAAGAUUUCAACCAAGAUAAUCGAUUAGACAUCGUUAUCACCAAUAAUGGCAUUGA